ACCAAACGAGCGAACCCCCCAGACAACCAGGAAGUGUCACGCAGCAGCUCAGAAGCAAAACAGACUCCACAGUGUUUACUGAGAGUAAGGCAAGGGGACACUCUCCAUGAGUAGAUAUCCCUUAGUUUAGACUCUGUGAAGCUUCCUAGCUGUUUUUGUAUGUUGAAGAAGUCUGCUUUUACAAUGGAGAGACGAACAGUGAGCACUUGGAUGUGUUUGUGUGCCGCUGUGCUGUGUGUUAGCUUUGUUAGCCGAGGGGCAUGCCAAACAACUUCACCGACACCGACACCGACACAGACACCCUGCUCUACCUACAGCAGCUGCGACACCUGCGUCCCACAUGCAAAGUGUCUGUGGUGCUUCACCUCCAACAACUGCACUGAAUACCCGGUGAGCUGGCUGCUGCCUCCGGCCUCGUUAUGUCAGCUGUCCCAGGCCCGAUGGGGAGUGUGCUGGAUGAACUUUGAAGCCCUCAUCAUCGCCAUGGCCGUCCUGGGUGGAACCAUCCUUAUCAGCAUUGCUGUGUGCUGCUGCUGCUGCUGUUGCUGCAAGAAGCGUGAAUCAAGGCCCGACAGAGAUGAUGAGAGAUUUGCCAGGAGGAGAGACGAGAUCAAACAGCGCGCUGAGGAAAGGAAGACGGAGAGAAGAGCCAGGCACGAUGAGAUCCGCAAGAAGUAUGGUCUGGUCGGGGACUCGGACCACCCAUACAGCAAGUUUGAGAACGAGUAAAGCAGCUGCAGUGGAGGGGAUCCCCACCGGGCUGCGUGUUGGGCUGCUCUUUAGUUUUAGCUUGGAGUGCUGCUUGUUUCUCACACAAUGAGAGAGAUCCUGCAGAGUGCUGUCGAUCACAUUAAUCCUGUUCUGACACAAAAUAAAUCACUGUUUCACACUUUUCAAACAUUAACAUGAUAGAACAAAUCAGAUCUAUUUUUGCCUUCUGAUUCUCGAUGAGGAUUCCGUGUAGUGUGUUGAAUGUUGAAUCUUUUUUGAAACUUCCUCCAAAGUGCUUUUGUCUCCUGUAAUCUCUCCGUCUGUUAGGCUCUUUUUAAAUAUCAUAGUUUCAUAUCAGUCUUUGCUCUUUGCACAUACAGUAUUGACAUUGAAUACAAAUGAUUGCACUGUAGAUGUGUUCUGACACAUGAAUAAACUCUUCUCUUUUAA